UCACACUUAGUGAAAUUUGUUUAUAAAUUGCGAAAAUAAAAAGUAUGUCAAAUUUACAUCUUACGCAGGAAAAACUCGACGCGUUGCGUUCAGAAUAUAAACCACGUAGGCCGUGCGCGCUUCUGAAGUACCCACGUCCCAAAACAAAGCCCGAAUAUCUUUCGCUAUAUCCGUGGCUUAUUCUAGAUGAAACGGAUCCACAUUUUGUGUUUUGUGUUAUUUGCGAGUGUAGACUAAGCGCCAAACGCUCGGAUCUGGGAAAGCAUGAGUGCAGCAUUAAGCAUUCGGAGAACGCACAGCGCAAGGCAGUGCCCCCUGGAACAGCAAAGUGGGAGUAUAAUGAUAGUAUUGAGGGCAUGUACGACGCAGCAGAGAAUGUAUGCAAGACAGAAUUAGAAAGUGAAGAAGAAGAGGUCGAAGGUGAUGAAGUAGAUGAUGACGACGCAGAUGAGCAUAAGCAAGGAACAGAGGCUGAUGGCGACGCGGAUGGCGAGAAUGAGUAUGAGCCCAGCGCAAAGCGAUCGAAUUCCGAAACAGAUUCUCAACAUUCUGGACUGGACUAUUUACCAGUGCAAGUGACAAUCAAUGAACUGCCAGUUCCACACACAACAGCCAACGCAACUCUACCACUGCCAGCCUCCGCAAAUCCAUGUCGCAUUACCAUAAAGAAAGUAACAACGCCACUCACCAAAGUACUUGCGACCUCCAGCACGAGCGCAAAUGCACAAGAGAUCACCUCAAAGGCCACCAUAACGCCAAUAGCCACAGGUUUUAAUGCCGCCACGCAAAGACAGUCGUUGCCCUACAGCUAUGCCGCCCAGCAGCUGCAGUCGUAUCAACUACAGCAGCUCAGUGCAAUGGAGCAGCCUCCAAGGGAUUCACUAGAGUUGUUCUUCGACAGCAUUUGCGCCACAGUCAAGUCGCUACCACCCAAGCUGGCCACUGAGGGAAAGAUACGGGUAAUGCAGUUGAUUGGUGAGCUCGAACUACGCGCCAUUGGCGAGCGCGAAGAGCAGCCCUCAGUACAGCCCAGCACAGUGGGUCAAGCAAGCCCAGUAGCAGUUGUGGCAGCAAUACCUGCUAGCAGUCAACAGAAUGCAACUGUGGCGUCCACAACGAAGUAAAGUAGAAGCUUGUGUGUUCUAGUUAAGUCUUAUAGUUAAUUUAUGUUCAACAAUGCAUGAACUUAGUUUUAUUUUUUUUAUUAGUAUUACUUUAAUUGAACUUGGCGGCUGUUAUUGUUUGAUGAAAAGACGGU